AAGCGUGCGGUCGAGGUGAAACUGACGUCAGCGAAAGAGUUACUGCGUUCGCAGGAAGAGGCGUUGAAGAAGAGGGAGGAGGAGCGUAGUGCGUUGAAGCAGAAAUUGAUAGCGAAUGAGCUGGAGACGCGUGGGAAGGAGGCUCAAAUUAGGCAUUUGAAUACUCGUUGGAUGCCACCCAUCCACCCACCCACGCAUUUGGGUGAAUUUCAGGAGCGUGUAAAAAAUUUGCGCGGGGAGUUGGAGAAUUGCCAAAACGAGAAUCGCCAACUCAAAGAGAAAGAAGAGCAGAUGGACGUGAACAAGAUUGUGCUGGAGUCGAAAAUACGCGAUUAUGAUUCGGAGACACAAAAAAUUAAUGUGCUGAUGGAGAAUUUUGAGACUGAACGUCAGAAGCUGAAUGAAUCAGUGAAGAAGUUGGCGUCUGAGCUGAUGACGAGUCAAUCGGAGAAUUCGGAUUUGAAAGAUGAUCUGGAGAGGGCCAAAAAGGAGUUGGCCAAGUUCGAGAGGUCAGAGGUCAACCUGAGGCGAUCGCUUGACGAGCAGAUGAGGAACGUGAAGGAGUGUCAAAAUUUGAGAGAUCGGGUUGGUCGUUUUGAUGUGAUUAGUGAAUUCUGA